AUGCCUCCACCCCCUCGGCGCGAGCCGCUCGUGAACAAGAAGCGCAUCCUGGCCAGGGCUGCACCAGCCUCCCGCUCCGUCACAGGCACAGACGCAACGGCAGGGGGACUGGCCUCGCCUAAUGAGAAGGUUCUGGGCUCGGCAGCCGACAAAGCUGGCAAGCAUGCAGCGAGCACAGGGUCAUCACACAAGGUGGUCAAGACUGCGUACCAGCUGUUCUGUGAGGAGCUGCGCCCCACUCUGGUGGCCGAAAACCCCAAGGCCUCGAUGCCCGAGCUCUCCCGUCUGCUCGCAUCAGCCUGGCGGGCGACGAGCGUGGAGGACAAGGCUGCCUAUGCUGCCAUGCGUGCGGACCUGAUGGCAGCUGCCGGUGAUCCGGCGAUCUCUGGGAUCCCGGCAACCGCCGAGGGCAGGAAGGAGCCGAAGAAGAGAGUCCGAUCUGAGGGAGGCAAACAGGCUUCCAAAACCAAGGAUGAGGCUGCAUCUGAUGGGGAGAGCGAGAAACCCUGCCCUCCACCGAGCAGCAAAAGGUUGAGGGCGGCGGCUGCAACAGAGGCGCACGACAGCGGUGAAGAAACCGAGGACGACGACAAGCUGCGCAUGGAGUGUGACUGGACCAAGCACCCUGCCGCAUUCAUCAUCUCUGAGAAUGUCAAGAAAGGUCAUUAUCUCGUGGCCAGGAAGGGACUCCCUCUGACAGACUAUGGCGUGGUGUGCUCUCGCACCGCCAAGCUCCAGCGGAUGGCAGAGUCAGGGACCAAUACUGCCUGCCCCGUGUCGCUGUCCAUGGUGGAGGACUUUGAGGCCUUUGGCAAGAGGUUCCGCAUGGAUGUGCAUGGCGCUCAGGAUGACAACGAGCUGGACCUGGAGGACCUGCCCCCCGGCUCGACCCUGGAGAUGUGUGCCUUGCUGGGGAAGCUGCGUGAGCCCGGGUACGAGCUGGCGUCGCGUGGCAGGAGUGACAUCUGGAUGAAGCUGCCCCUGCUGGCCACCUGCCGCCUGCUGCAGCUGGUGCUGGACGCCGAGCGCCGCCUGGCCGGCCGGUCGCAGCGGACGGAGGAGUGA